AUGCCGAAGCCGGAUGCGAAGAACAUCCGAAGGACGGUGACUCUGUCCGUGAAGAGCAUGGCAUCCAUCGCUGGAGAGGCAGAGGAGGAAGCAGAGCCGGACGCCAGGAGGUUCCUGCUUGGGACGGCGAAGCGGAGUUUGGACGAGGCUUUCGGAGCGACGGACAAGCCGGCCGAGAAGGACAAGAAGAAAAAAAAGAACGACAAGAAGAAGGACAAAAGCAAGAAGAAGAGAAAAGGCAAGAAGUCGAGCAGCUCCAGCGACUCCUCGUCUGACGAGGAGAGCGAGUCGGAGCCAGACCAGGAGGACUUCACAGAUGCCGCCGCGACCUUCGGUUUGGGCAAGCGGGACAUGGCGAGGGCUAUGGAUGCGACGACCCUGAUCGACCUUGAUGCUCGGCCCACAGCCCUGGUUUUGGCCAACGUCACCCCGUUGGUCAUUGCCAACGACAUUUUCGAGAUGGGCGGUGAGUUGGCAGCUAGUCUUAACUUAAAUAAAAUGAAAGCUUCAGACGUCCAAGCUUCUGCUCCUUCCCAGAUGAAAACGGCCGGCACCGUGUGGAAGCGCCGGAUGGGCUUGCUGGCCCAGCAUCUCACCGGCCGCCCGGCUUCGUCGAUCCGGCUAUGUGCUGCCAAGUCCCUCGGGGAUUGCUCUGCCGUGCUCCGCGGCCUCUACAAGAGGAAGUAUCCUGGUGGCAAGGAUGCCUGGAACAAGGCACUGGAUGGGAUGCUGAAGGACGCACGCGAGGUGCUCCUGCUCGCAGCUUCGGAUGACCUGAAGAAGCAGAUGCAGCAGGGCGAGAAGCCCAAGAAGCCCGAGAAGAACCCAAAGGUGGCUCCGACCAGCAAGGGCUCCAGGGUGAACAGGAAAGACGAGCCAGACCCGGAGCUGUCUGAGAAUGAGAAGGAGGAGUCGAUCCCCAGCCCCUCCGGUGCACCGUAUGUCGGGUCUCCGUCGGAGCAGGAGGAAGAGGACGACGACAAUGAUGUGUUCUCCGGCGGCUUUGCUGUGGCCACCGAGAAGGCAACCGGCCUGGACGCCCUGCUGGAGAAAGUGACUCCGAAGAUCAAAUCUGUUGUGGAGAUGUUUGACAAGGCCGUGCUGGAGACUCUGCCAGCAGACCUCUCGGAGCUGUCUUCGUGUCCUGGUUGCACUCUGGCUGAUUUCAGCUAUUGGAUGCUUUGCCUCGAGAAGGAGGCCUUGACUGAGAUGGAUCACUUCAAGCUGGGUGCCCUUUCUACGAAUCUGGGGCCUGGCAAGGGCUUCUUCAUGAAGAUGUCUCUGAGGGCCCGAAAGGUCUUUGAUGAAUGGGCUGCCAAGAUCCCUGGUGUGGUAGCUGCACGCAGGCUGCACUAG